AGCUGCAGAGGCCGGCGGCGGGCACUGCUGGGGGUGGCUGCGGCUCUGCUGCUCUGCUUCCUCCUCCUUUUCCUCCUCGGAUGCCGGCACAGGCGGCGUCGUGGGGCCGGAGGGGCGGCCGGGAUGUUGCGCUACCUGCUCCAGACGUUGCUGCAAAUGAACCUUUUCGCCGACUCUCUAGCAGCCGGGGACGCCUUGGGCAACUCAUCGGAGCUCCUACUCCGCCUCAACUCCUCCUCGGACGCCGGGCUUAACCUCCUCGAUCUGGGCAACCUGACCAGCACCAACGGUUCUCGUCCUCGCCUUGAAGAUGCAUCUCCACGGAUAAUAGAACAUCCCUCUGAUCUCAUUGUGUCCAAGGGAGAACCAGCAACGUUGAACUGCAAAGCAGAAGGUCGCCCUACUCCUAUUGUUGAGUGGUACAAGGAUGGGGAGCGAGUGGAGACUGACAAAGAAGACCCACGAUCUCAUCGCAUGCUGCUGCCUAGUGGGUCCCUCUUCUUUCUACGCAUUGUGCAUGGCCGGAGGAGCAAACCCGAUGAGGGAGUGUAUGUCUGUGUCGCCAGGAACUAUUUGGGUGAAGCGGUGAGCCGGAACGCAUCUCUGGAGGUAGCCAUCUUGAGAGAUGACUUCCGGCAGGCUCCUAGUGAUGUGGUCGUGGCAGCCGGAGAGCCAGCUGUGAUGGAGUGCAUUCCACCAAGAGGACAUCCGGAGCCCACCAUUUCCUGGAAAAAGAACAACGUCCGCAUCAGUGAUAAAGAUGAACGCAUUACGAUCCGAGGUGGGAAGCUGAUGAUGUCCAACACAAGGAAGAGUGAUGCUGGAAUGUACAUCUGUGUGGCCACCAAUAUGGUGGGUGAACGAGACAGUGAGCCUGCAGAACUCGUGGUGUUUGAGCGCCCCACUUUCAUCAAGAGGCCCAUAAACCAGGUGGUGCUUGCUGAGGACACCGUGAAUUUCCAGUGCGAAGUACAAGGGGACCCGGUGCCAACCUCCCGCUGGCGCAAGGAGGAGGGGGAUCUUCCUCGUGGGAGGUCAGUGACUGACCCUCAGCUCACCCUCCUGUGGUCCUGCAGUGACCGUAGCGCCACCAACCUCAGGCAGCGGAAGGUCAGCUGUGCCAUCUCCCUCUGGAUCCAGAGGGGUCUGCUCCUUGGAGGCCAAACUGCGGCCCUCAAGUUCAUCCCGCAGAGUGACAACAAGGAGGUCCUUCUCCCGCAAACUCUGCUGCAGCUCUGCAACCACCGCUUGCAGUCCCAUCACUUCGGACUCUUUCUCCUUCAGGAUCUCAGUCUCUCCGUCAAGCUCUUCAACUCCUUCCCCAACAUGAACUUCUCCUCAUUCAACUGGACCAUCCGGUCUGACAUGCCACGGCUGACUUCCUCCAUGCGCUCCUCCCGCUCCACCACGUCCUGCCGGAGACGCUCAACCUCUGCAGAGCUUUCAGAGAGGAGCCCCUCCAACUUGGAGACCUCCUGUCCCUUUGAGGUCCUGUUCUGUGAGGAGGCGCUGGGCCUCGUCCAGGUCCUUCUGCAGAGCGGCAAUUUUCACCUCUUUGGAGCUGGCCUCGUUUUGCAGGGUCUCGAUUUCCUCCGUCAGCAGGCCCAGCCGGGAGACCCCACUCUCAUAGUCGGAGAACCUCCGCUUCUCCGAAUCGGCCAAGCCAUCUUCCUGGAUGUCUACCGUAACCAGCGAACUACUACUGGAAUCGCUCUGGGUGGGCCCCGCAGCCCCUUCAACCCCUUCAACCCCUCUGUCCUUCUCCUCUUCCUCAGCCUGAGACCGUCCCACUGCCUCCGCAGCCCCAUCCGGGUCCAGAUGUUGGGGGUCCUGGAGCUGCCCCUUGAGAAAGGCUAUUUCCUCUUGGGCCUCUUGGAGCUCCACCAGCAGUUAAUCUGUCUUUCUCUUUCUUCCAUCUCUUCUUUUCUCUCAGUUCCACCUCAAUUAGUGACCCGUCCUCGGGAUCAAAUUGUAACUCAAGGCCGAACAGUGACGUUUCAAUGUGAGACUAAAGGAAACCCACCACCCGCUGUGUUUUGGCAAAAGGAAGGGAGUCAAAUCCUGCUGUUUCCCAGUCAGCCGCCUCAAGCUAUGGGCCGCUUUUCUGUAUCACCAAGUGGCGAGAUGACAAUCACAGAUGCACAGACCUCCGAUUCAGGCUACUACAUGUGCCAGGCAAUUAGUGUGGCAGGAAGCAUCUUGGCCAAAGCACUCCUGGAGGUGGAAGAUGUGACAUCCGACCGUAUCCCACCAAUCAUCCGCCGUGGACCAACCAAUCAGACGCUUGCCGUAGAUUCUACAGCGCAACUCCAAUGUCAUGUGAAUGGGAAUCCUCUGCCCAGCAUUCAGUGGCUGAAAGAUGGCGAACGGAUUGUGGGCAGUGACCCAAGAAUUAGCCUUUUGGACAAUGGAACACUACAGAUUAUGAAUCUACAGAUUUCGGACUCUGGGUUGUACGUUUGCAUCGCUACAAGUUCCACAGGCGAGACAAGAUGGAGUGGAUUUCUGGCAGUGCAAGAGAAUGGGGGAGAUCUUCAAAUACAGUUUCCAGAGCCAAAUCUUCUCCCUGGACCCCCCUCUGCACCUUUGGUCACGGACGUCACCAAAAAUAGUGUGGCUUUGAUCUGGAAGCCAAGCCCUGUGAGUGGGGGUGCGCCUGUCAGUUCCUACAUAAUUGAAGCUUUCAGCCAAUCUUCAGGCAGUACCUGGCAGACAGUGGCCGACAAUGUGAAGUUGGAGAAACACACAGUCAGUGGCUUGAACCCCAACACCAUAUAUCUCUUCCUUAUACGGGCUGUCAACACCUAUGGCCUUAGUGAUCCCAGCCCUGUUUCGGAGCCAGUUCGGACACAAGAUGUGAGUCCUACUAGGCAAGGCGUCGAUCAUCGGCAAGUGCAAAGGGAACUUGGUGAAGUUGUGGUUCAGCUCCAGGAUCCCAUCGUCCUCACUUCCACCACCAUCCAAGUGACCUGGACUGUUGAUCGCCAAGCUCAGUUCAUCCAAGGCUAUCGAGUAAUGUACCGAACAAGGGGCAGUGCCUGGUUGGUGCAGGAUGUCAAAUCUCCUACUGAACGUAGCACUAUUCUAGUUGACCUAAGCAAAGGCCAGGAGUAUGAAAUCAAAAUUCGACCAUAUUUUGAUGAGUUCCAGGGCAUGGACAGUGAAGUGCUGCUGGUGCGUACCCCAGAAGAAGUUCCCAGUGCUCCUCCUCAAGCAGUUACGGUGGUCAUGUUGGGGACCAGCAACAGUACCAGUAUUAGCAUAUCCUGGGAGCCACCUCCACCUACAGAGCAAAAUGGGAUCAUCCAGGAUUACCAGAUUUGGUGUCUUGGCAAUGAGUCUCGUUAUCACAUCAAUAAGACAGUGGAUGGUACAGUGCACUCGACAGUCUUGCUGGGCCUGGUGCCAGGCAUGGUCUACCGCACCGAGGUUGCAGCAGCCACCAGGGCAGGCGUGGGAGUGAGGAGUGCCCCAGUGACCAUACAAAUCAAGCCUUUGCCAGACCAGGACAGUGUGUCUGUGAGCAGUGGGGACAGUGUGAGCCUCGCUGAACAGAUCACGGACGUGGUGAAACAGCCAGCCUUUAUUGCUGGCAUUGGCGGAGCCUGCUGGGUCAUCCUCAUGUGCUUCAGUGUCUGGAUCUACUGUCGUCGGAAAAAGAGGAAGGAACUAAGUCACUACACAGCUUCCUUUGCAUAUACACCAGCAGUGUCUUUCCCCCACAUGGAUGGGGCAUCACGGAGCAGUGGCAGCCGGCCUGGCAUGCUCGCCAUGGCCACUAGUGCCUCCAGCUAUCCAUGGCUGGCGGAAUCAUGGCCAGGCCCGAACCUGCUGAGAAAUGGGAAAACAAAGGAGCCUGGAGUGACCUGCUGCCCAGGAAACCACAAUGCUACCGAAAGAUACUACAAUGAUGCUGGGAUUUCUAAUUACAUUGCUCAGACAGAGAAAUUUGGGACAGGCGUGUCUGAUGGCCCCAUUUACAGCACAAUUGACCCUGCCAGUGAUGACAUGAGGACGUUUAAUGGGGGCUUUUCCCAGCAUACCACUCCGUAUGCCACAACACCUGUGAUGCCAUAUGGUGCUACCCAUCUCCACUCACCUGAUGAAGAGGAGAGCCAGUGGAUCACCCAGCCUGGGAUCCCCAGCAUCCAGUAUGCUCAGCCUGAACGGAGCAGAGCCGAACCUGUUGCUAAACCAAUGAAGCAAAAAUCAAUGGGGAAACCAGUGAAAACGCCAUCCCUGAACUGGACGGAAGUGCUUCCCCCACCACCAUCUGCCAGUGAGCUCAGCCAGUAUGUGGAGGAAGAGGAGGGAGAGGAAGAGGAAGAAGUAGAAGUCAGCUCCGAGGUGGGGGAGUGGUGUCCACCUCUGCCAGAAAGGACUUACUUGAUGGAGAACAUCCAGGAAGAAGCAUGUCCUCCGCCUCCUCCUCGAGGUGAUCCUUCCUCUCCUGCUAAUUCCUAUGGGCAGCAGUCCACAGUCACAUUGACGCCCUCACCCCGGGAAGAGAUCCGAGCUUCGGAGGAUAUCCCAAGACUGCAUCACUUUGAGAUCCCACACCUGCCCAGGCGGCAACCCAAUGGCUCAGGGCCAUUCCCGAGGGCCUCGAGUCCUCCUUUGACUCAGUCGAACCCAAAUCUAAACGUGCCUGAAGAGGGACCUGAAGGCAUUACUUCUCGGCAAGGUCAUCGACGUAACCUGAGCCAGACUCCAGUGCACAAUGCAGAGAACGUGGACUCCUCAGGAAUAGGGAAACCCCAUCCAAACCUAGGGGAUAUGCCUCUUCCUCCAGGGGAAAAAGGAAAAGGAAAGAAGAAGUCCAAGUCUAGCCACUACCGCCGAGAGAAGAAGCAGGGAGACCUUCCACCACCUCCCUUGCCACCUCCUGAAGAAGACCUUGGCAGUUCUGCUCCGGACAGCACUUCACGAUUGGACUGUGACCCUUCUGCCCUGGAGAAGGACCCGAAUUGUUCCUUUGCUGUAGAGCGGAAAGUUAUCCAUCGCACAAUGGCAGGCCAGCACUACCACCAGCACAAAGAAGUAGAGGAGGAAAUCAUCCCAUACAGCAAGCCCAGCUUUCUCUCCAGAAGCCAGAUGUCGAGCAAUUGCUCCACAACAGGAAGUUCUUCUUCCAGGGGGUCAACGGCAUCUCGAGGUCACGGGUCAGGGCGCAGCCGGACAACAGGCGAACGCAGUGAGGAAAAAAGAUGAAACGAAAUGGAGUUGGCAUGAGAGCUUACGAAAUGGCCAUCUGUGGACUUUGGGCUGGGGUGGGAUCGAAGUCCCAUGCUUCUAAUUUAUGACCUUCCAUGCAGUCCAGGCCCUUGUAUAUAAGUUUGUUCCCUGGCUGUCAGCAGUCUUUGAAAGCCAUGGAUAGCUGUAUUUAUAAAUCAGGACAAAGGGAUGCUCCGGCCAAGGGCCACUCAAGGCCUACGGAGGAUUGUUUGUUUUGUUUUGUUUUGUUUCUUUGGCAUUACUGCAACUGAAGAGCCCGUGCCCAGUGGGAGGAGGGUGGGAUUGGAGAAAGUGGUUGGGAAGGGAGUUUGCCUUUGGUCACCUAGCUCAGGAUGGGCAUUGAGGAGCAGCCUCCAACAUACUAAGCACAUGCUCAGAUAUUGCCCAGGUGCUCAGCUUCAAGGCAGGGGACACUGGGGUGUUCUUUGGUUGCUCAUGAAUCAUUUUGUAAAAUGACCAAUAAAGCUGUUUGUUAACCUGGA